AUGGCCCCUAAAACAUUAUACGAUAAAGUGUUUGAGGACCACAUUGUCCACAAAGAUGAGUCCAACUCUUGCUUAUUAUACAUUGACAGACACUUAGUUCAUGAAGUCACUUCCCCUCAAGCAUUUGAAGGAUUGAGAAAUGCAAAUAGAUCUGUGAGAAGAAAAGACUGUACUUUGGCCACGGUAGAUCAUAAUAUCCCAACAACUCCCAGAACCACUUUCAAGGAUGUUGACACUUUUAUCAAACAAGGGGACUCAAAAUUGCAAGUUAAAACUUUGGAACAGAAUGUAAAAGACUUUGAUGUCAAGUACUUUGGAAUGAGUGAUAGCAGACAAGGUAUUGUUCACAUUGUUGGUCCAGAACAAGGAUUCACAUUACCUGGUACGACUGUUGUUUGUGGUGAUUCACACACAUCCACCCACGGUGCUUUCGGCGCUUUGGCGUUUGGUAUCGGUACUUCGGAGGUUGAACAUGUUCUUGCAACUCAAACCAUCAUCCAAACAAAAUCGAAGAACAUGAGGAUUUUCGUCGAUGGGUCCUUAAGUGAGGGUAUUACUUCUAAAGAUUUAAUCUUGCAUGUCAUUGGUGUAAUUGGUACUGCAGGUGGUACUGGUUGUGUUAUUGAGUUUGCAGGUAAGGCUAUUGAAGAGUUGUCUAUGGAAGCAAGGAUGUCCAUAUGUAACAUGUCAAUUGAAGCUGGUGCAAGAGCAGGUAUGAUCAAGCCAGAUGAAACAACCUUCAAGUAUAUCAAAGGAAGACCAUUGGCACCAAAAGGAGAACAAUGGGAUAAAGCUGUAAAAUACUGGAAAACAUUGCAUUCCGAUCCAGGAGCAAAAUUUGAUUACGAUAUCAAGAUUGCUGCCAAGGAUAUUGUACCCACGAUAACUUGGGGUAACUCGCCACAAGACGCAUUGCCAAUUACAGCUAAGGUCCCUGAUCCAGCAGAGGUAAGCGACCCAAUAAAGAAAGAAGGUAUGCAAAGAGCAUUGAAAUACCAAGGGUUAACCCCAAACACUCCAUUGAAAGACAUCAAAAUUGACAAGGCAUUCAUUGGUUCAUGUACAAACUCGAGAAUUGAAGAUUUGCGAGCUGCAGCUAAGGUCGCAAAAGGACACAAAAAAGCUGAUAACGUUAAAGAAGUUUUGGUCGUACCUGGUUCUGGUCUUAUCAAAAGACAAGCCGAGAAAGAAGGUCUUGACAAGAUUUUCGAGGCUGCUGGGUUCACGUGGAGAGAAGCUGGUUGCUCGAUGUGCUUGGGAAUGAAUCCGGAUAUCUUGAGCCCAGAAGAAAGAUGUGCAUCAACAUCGAACAGAAACUUUGAAGGUCGUCAAGGGGCAAGGUCAAGAACACACUUGAUGUCACCAGCAAUGGCUGCAGCUGCCGCUAUCAAAGGUCAUUUUACCGACAUUAGAGAAUUUGAGCACAGACACACUGAUGAACCUGAAGUAGCCAUUGAACUGGGCGAAGAGGACCAAGAAUUGCAAGAUGCGGUGUACGAGCACGAAAAAGUGCCAAUGGAUGUGUCACAAGCUGUUGAGGAUGACAGGCUUAAAGAUAUUCCACAGCCAUCUCCUAAAAAAGCUAAGCCUUCUUCUGACUCUGAAGGAGGUUUAGAUAAAUUCACAGUCUUGACUGGUAUUGCAGCUCCAUUGUUUAAGGCCAAUGUUGAUACCGAUGCCAUUAUCCCAAAACAAUUUUUAAAGACAAUCAAGAGAACUGGGUUGAAAGAUGGGUUGUUUUACGAGGCCAGGUUUGUCAAGGAAAAUGGCAAAGAUGUCGAAACUGAUUUCGUGUUGAAUCGAGAACCAUAUCGGAAAGCAGAAAUUUUGGUUGUCACUGGUGACAAUUUCGGAUGUGGUUCAUCUAGAGAACACGCUCCAUGGGCAUUAAAGGACUUUGGUAUUAAGUCAAUAAUAGCUCCAUCUUUUGGUGAUAUCUUCUACAACAAUUCAUUCAAGAACUUUUUGCUUCCAAUCAGAUUACCUCAGGAAGUCAUCGAGUCCAAGCUCAUACCUGUAAUUGAAGGAGGGCACAAGUUAACAAUCGAUUUACCAACACAGCAGAUAAGAGAUGGUGAGACUGAUGAAGUUUUGGUUCAACAUUUUGAUGUCGAAGAAUUUAGAAAGCACUGUUUACUUAAUGGAUUGGAUGAUAUUGGAUUGACAUUGCAAAAGGAGGAGUACAUUCAAGCAUACGAGGAGAGGAGAAGAGACAGGUUUUCAUUCUUGGAGGGUGGAUCAAAAUUGAUUACCCCUGUUAGGGGAGCUAAGAAGAGCAAGUAUGGUUUGAAGACCCAAGAAUGGUGA